AUGCCCAAGAGCGAGAGCGAGAUCGCCGACUUCCUGAGCAAGCUGGCUCCAAACCUGGAGGACACGGUGCGAAGCUUCCUGGUCUCAACACUGGCGGAGGUCAGCUCCGAGGAAGAGGUGAAGGAGUGCUGCGAGGUCUGGCUUGAAGAGGCCGACGCAGGAGUGCGAAGUCUUUGUGACUUCUUGGGGCUUUGUGACGCAUCCGCCGCGGCGACUGGUGCCCCCGUGGCCCUCAAGGAGCCUGCUGCCCCUGCAAGACUUGCCGGUCUGGGUGGCUACCCGCAGCUCUCGACUGACGAGGCAGCGAAUUCUCAAGAGGAGCAGCGCAAAGAGGCAGAUGAUGUGAUCGACCCUGCCCUGGAGAAAGGCAAGGCAUCCAAGGCCAAAGCGGUGAAGCCCAAGAAGAAAGUCAAAGAGAAAGAAGGCCCGGACAAGGAGAAGCGGCUCGACGAGCUCUUGGAGGUGCGCGCACGCGUGUCUCGCUUCCACAAGGAGGCAGUCGAAGAUGAGAUGACCUCUGCAGUUGCCGAAGUCGACAUCCACGACCUUUGCAUUGCGGUGGCGGGCCGUGACCUGCUAAAAGAUGCCCACCUGAAACUUUGCCCUGGUCAGCGCUACGGCUUUGUGGGCCGCAACGGCUCCGGCAAAUCCAGCCUGUUUCGGGCCAUGGCCUCCCGACGAAUCCCUGGCUAUCCCCCCAACUGCGUGACCCUUCUGGUCGAUCAAGAAGAUGUUGGGGAUGAUCGGACCGCCGUGGACACCGUCUUAGCCGCCCACCAGGAGUUGAGCGACCUGCUCGAGGAGGAGUCGGCUCUCCAAGCUGGUGAGCUGGGAAGCCCCGAGGCAGCUGUGAGAGCCUCGCGCGCAUAUGCAUACUUGAUGGCCAAGAGAGCCAGGUUUAAGGCUGCUAUGUACGAGAGCAAGCUGAGUGGAUUGCGUGGGAAGGCUGCUCGGGAAGCCCUUCUGAAAGCGGAGCACGAAGAGGUGAAAGCUGCUCAGUUGCUGGAGGCCGAGGUUUCGAGUUCCGAGGCCACUUCAGAGGCACAGGCCGGUGUUGUAGAGCUUCUGGCAGAUAUCCGGGAUCGGCUGCGGAUCUUGGGUGCCGAUUCCAUGCGAGGACAGGCGGAAGUGAUUUUGAAAGGCCUGGGCUUCACUGAGGAUCACCUGCGGAAGCCGACGCACUUGCUCAGCGGAGGCUGGCGAAUGAGGGUGGCCCUUGCCAAAGCCCUGCUCGCCAAGCCAAACGUACUGCUACUGGACGAGCCCACCAACCACUUGGACUGGCAAGCGAUCCUGUGGCUGGAGAAAUAUCUGGUCUCGGAGGAAAUGAACGAGAUUGCCUUGGUGGUCGUCUCUCACGACCGGGACUUUCUCGACAAGGUCAGCACGAUGAUUCUCCGCCUGUUUGAGAUGAAGCUUCAAGUGCACAACGGCAAUUUCUCAACCUACGAAGAAGCACAUGAGAAAGACCAACAACACCGCGCGGAGCUGGCUCAGAGGCAGCAUGAUAAGCAGGACAAGAUGGAGAAGCAGAUCAAGGAGAUGGAGCAGCGUGGAAGGAAGACAAACAAUGAUACUCUGCUCAAGGCGGCCGUAAGCAGGCGCACCAAGCUUGGUCUGGAUGACAAGCCCUGGUCCUUCAACCGCGUGGGGCUGGAGCGCGCUGGCGGUCACAAGUUCAAGUUCUCCUACGCGACACAUUUCGAGGCCAUGGCCGAGAUGGCAGUAGAGAAUAAGGAGCAGGCCGUCCGCCUGAAGCUCAAGUCCGCGGUCCCUUUGGGCUUUGAGGCUGCCUUGCUGCAGUGUCGGGAUGUGGUGGUCGGCUACGAGAAGUCGACACCUUUGGUGCAGAAGUUCGAUCUGGAUAUUCGGGCCAAAUCUCGAAUAGGAAUCCUAGGAGUCAACGGCAGCGGCAAGACCACUCUGCUGCGGACCUUGGUCCAAGAUCUGCCUGCCCUCGCAGGGGAGGUCUAUCAGCAGCCACGCGUGGUGGUCGGCUUCUUCAGUCAGCAUCAGGCAGACAGCUUGCCCAAUGAUGCCACGGCGCUGGAGGCAUUGUGUGAGCGACAUCCCAACCUCUCAGAUGGCGAGAUACGCUCGCACCUUGGAACCUUUGGCCUUGGUCGCUUGGCCGUGUCACCGAUCAGGUGCCUUUCCGGCGGCGAACGUAGCCGAGUUGCAUUGGCGGCCGCCACACUCAGACCACCCCAUGUGCUGGUUCUGGAUGAGCCAACGAACCACUUGGAUUUGCAGACCGUAGAGGCCCUCGGCAAUGCCCUUAAGGAGUUCGAGGGGAGUGUGGUCGUCACAUCUCAUGAUCGACGGCUUUUGCGUGAAGUCUGUAGCGAUUUCUUUGCAGUCCAGAAGAAGCAGCUUGUAAAGCUCAGCCUGGAUGCAUUUGUUCGCUCUGUACGAUGA